GAGUGAAUGAAACGAACGGUUGAACGGCAAAAUCUCGCGGGCUAAAAGGUUCUUCUCUUUCUUUCAUCUCUGUCUGUCCCAAAGAAUUAGGGUUUCCCUCAUUUCCCCAAAUCACAAUUCCCCGUUUUUCCCUCGCAAUCUCUUUCUGCAUUUUCGCAAUUAAGAUGUGUAAUUGAAGCAGAAGCAGAAGCUAGAGGAGGUGGAGGAGGAAGAAGAGGAGGAGGAGGAAGAGGGCGUGUAAUUGGGUCCUCAGGUUGAAGAAGAUCUGAGGCUUUUUCCGUUUUGUUUUGUUUUGUUGAAGAAAAGAUGAGCGCUUCGAGGUUCAUCAAGUGCGUUACUGUUGGAGAUGGAGCUGUUGGCAAAACCUGCUUGCUAAUUUCCUACACCAGCAACACCUUCCCCACGGAUUACGUGCCGACUGUUUUUGACAAUUUCAGUGCGAAUGUGGUUGUCAAUGGAAGCAUUGUUAAUCUGGGUUUGUGGGACACUGCUGGGCAAGAGGAUUAUAACAGAUUAAGACCCUUGAGUUACCGUGGUGCCGAUGUUUUCAUACUUGCUUUCUCUCUGAUAAGCAAGGCCAGUUAUGAAAAUGUCUCAAAAAAGUGGAUUCCAGAGUUGAAGCAUUAUGCUCCUGGUGUCCCCAUAAUUCUGGUUGGCACUAAGCUUGAUCUCCGGGAUGAUAAGCAGUUCUGCAUAGACCAUCCUGGUGCUGUUCCCAUUACCACGGCUCAGGGAGAAGAGCUUAGAAAGCUGAUUAAUGCACCCGCUUACAUUGAAUGCAGUUCGAAAACACAGGAGAACGUGAAAGCGGUCUUUGAUGCAGCCAUAAGAGUUGUCCUUCAACCACCUAAGCAAAAGAAAAAGAAGAAUAAAGCACAAAAGGCCUGUUCAAUAUUGUGAAUCACUAGGUGUAAACAUUUGACUGCCCUUUGUUCUACCUGUAUUUCCCUCCCCUUCUUUCUUUUCAUAAUUUCUUUGCUAUUGAAGAAGUUGGAGUGUACUUCAGACAAAUACUAUAGAUCUCCUUGAAGCAUAAGGUGGUUUAAUGCUUUGCUUUCUUUGAAUUCUUGUCAACUCUAAUAGUCAAAUUUGCAUUUCAUGGUUCC